GUUACAUACCAAGUUCGGACUGACGGACGGACAGACGGACGGACAGAUGGACACGUGCACGUCAAUUAGCGAUGGUACAUACCAUACCCACACGACGAGCACUCACAAACAACCUCACGCAGCGGCAUCUCUUUCCCAUUACACGCAACAACACGACGUUUGUGUGAGGAUGCGGCGGUCCUCAACGAUGUGUGUGUGGUUGGUGCGAUCGUGUGAGGGUGGGUGUGGGUGGGUGUCUUAAACAGAGGGUCGUUUGGCUUUCUUGCGUCUGUCUGUGGCUGCUCUGAUCAUGGCCGAUAUGGCCUGCAGCAGCAGCAACGGGUGGAUGCUCUCCCACUCCUUGUCCCCAACACACACCGACACCCAACGCCUCACGUCGCCCUUCUGUUGACACACACGCGCACACACAGACAGACAAUCCACCCACACAGAGACACACAUGAGACGCCUGUGGUGUGGUGCGUGAGCUCACGAGGUUGUGUUUGAGUAGCAUGCUCUUCAACUCGGCCGCCUGUCCUUUGGUCGGCAGGCCGCUAUCGACCGACCCCACCCACCUGUGCUCACACAACACAGCACAACACAACACACACACCUGCGCCACAUCACACCAUGUCAUGUGUGUUGUGUGUAUGAGGGCGUGCGUCAGUACUGCAGGAGGCCGUCCAGGCAGGUGUCGUUGAUCUUGCCCACCACCUUCGACGGAGGCGGCGGGAGAGAGGGCGCACUCUGACUCACAAACAACGGCAUAUGUAGGACCACGCACCGGACGCCAAACCGCACCCCGCCCCCUCGCUCUCACUUUGGUCAUUUCGCUGUCUUCGUUGUCCGCCAGGUCGAUGGACACGAACGCACCGCCUCCCCUCACCGCCUUCAUCGCCUUCGUCUCCCUCUCCUUGCGCGCCUCGUCGCGCUUGCGCUUGCGGCGCUUCUCGUCCUCAGCCCGCCGUCUCUUCUCCAUCUCACUGCGGCCGUACUGCUCGAUCACCGAGAUGGCCGUGCGGUCAGAAACCUUCCUGACAACCACACAGUACACAGAAAGGUGCGGUGAAUGGAUGGGUGUGAUGGGGAGGGAGGUGUGUGUGUAAUGUACAUGUUUGGUGUGAGUGGUUUCCGGCUGGUGGGCGAUUUGUAUCUGUGGUUGAGCCGCAGGUGCGUCACCAGCGCCUCCCGCUCGUAGAUGUUCUGCGUCGUCGACAACACGGGAACCUGCACACAAUUUGAACCCACACCCACACCCACACACCCAUCCCCUGUGCUUGAUCUCAGUGUCUCAACUGUCAAAGCUGACCUUAGGCACUGCCAUGGUGAUGGGGCAGAUGGGUAGGAAGGGCGGGAGGUCCUUGUCAGCCAUGGACUCGGUGAUGAACCGGUACACCUCCUCAUCCACCGAGGGAACCGACGGCCAUCCUCCUCCUCUCCAUGAUCACCUUCGAAGUCCUCUUCCUCGCCGUCAUGAUCAUCGUCGCCAGAGCUGUCUUGAAGAUACGCAUCGUCCAUGAGCUCGGCAAGCCCUGCCUGCGCCGCAGCCUGACAGGCAAUUGGCAAGCAGUGGGGGGGAAGCGGUGGAUGAAUCAGCGAGAUCUCGCCCAAAUCGUUACCUGCGCCGCAGCAGCGGCCUGCUGCGCUCCCCCAGCUGCCUCAAUGCCCUCCAUUUGAG